AUGAUUAAGAGGAGGACUAAGCAGUGGAGUUUCUUCGACAGAAGGAAAGGAAAGUGUUUUGGGUGGAAGGGGGAGGGUGAAGGGGUGACCCAGACUAUGACUGGGCUGGGCAGAGCACAGAAGCGUGCGGUCGGGAAGCUCAAAGCUCCCGCCCACAUCAAGGACAACUAUCUGACCUGCGGCCACAAAACCUACCGCUCCCCUGCUCCACCGUAA